UGCAGGACGGAACGUGGCGGUCGCUGGCCGGCGAUGGUGGAAGCGUCACUUCGGUCCGCAGGAAGACCUUGAGAACCUGGCCUCCCAGAGCUCAAGUCACCAAGGAUAAGAUCAACUGUACAGUGAUAUGGAGAAGCCUAAACAACCGUCCUGCAUCGUUGCCAUAUUCGGCGAGACUCAGAGUCGACUCAAUGUCUCUUUCUUCUCAGCAUUAUUUUUCGUUUUUUUUCUGAGGACCGUAAUAUCCAUCACCGGGAUGGAUUUGCUUUCUGGAACUUGCAUGUUCGCUCUACUGCUGGCUUGUGUCGUAUUUCAGUCUGGUGCACAGGAAAAGAAUUACACCAUACGGGAAGAGCUACCAGAAAACGUCCUGAUAGGUGAUCUGGUGAAAGAUCUCAAUCUGACAUUCACACCAGGGAAAAAGCUCUCAACUCCCUUGCAGUUUAAAUUAGUGUACAAAAGUGGGGAUCAGCCAUUAGUGAGGGUAGAGGAGACAACUGGUGAGAUCUAUACUACUGGUGUACGCAUAGAUCGUGAAAAAUUGUGCUCUGGUAUCUUUAUUGAGACCCGUUGUUUUUAUGAAGUGGAAGUAGCUGUUUUGCCAGAUGAAAUCUUUAAAUUGGUCAAGAUUCGCUUUCUGAUCGAAGAUGUCAAUGAUAAUGCACCACUCUUUCCUGCAACGGUCAUCAACAUAUCGAUUCCUGAGAACACUGCUAUCAAUUCCCGAUAUCCAAUACCUUCGGCUAUCGAUCCUGACGUUGGCAUUAAUGGAAUUCAACAGUACCAUCUGAUUAAGGGUUUAGGCAUAUUUGGGCUUGAUGUCAUAGAAACACCGGAGGGAGAAAAAUGGCCCCAACUGAUUGUCCAAAAGGCGCUGGACCGGGAGGAGAGAGACACAUAUGUGAUGAAAUUGAAAGUCGAAGAUGGUGGGUCGCCUCCCAGGUCCAGCACAGCCAUUUUGCAAGUUUCUGUGAUUGACAUGAAUGACAACCGUCCCAUCUUUCGGGAGACAGAGGUUGAAGUCUCCAUCCCUGAGAAUGCUCCUGUAGGCUCUUCAGUCUAUCAGCUCCGUGCCACCGAUGCUGAUGUGGGUGCAAAUGCACGGAUUCAGUAUUUCUUCAGCAAUCUGAUGAACCAGCUUGCUAGGAAGCUCUUCAGUCUCAACAAUACUACUGGCCUCAUUACCAUCAAGGAGCCCUUGGAUAGGGAGCAGGCACCUCUCCACAAGUUGAUGGUUGUAGCAACUGAUGGUGGUCCAAUGCCAGCUAGGGCCAUGGUGAUAGUGAACGUCACAGAUGUCAAUGACAACCUUCCAAUAAUAGACGUCAGAUACAUCAUCGAUACAACCAAUGGAACUGUGGUUUUGUCAGAAAAUGCUGGGCUCAAUACCAAAAUUGCCCUUGUUACACUAAUAGACAAAGAUGCUGACCGUAAUGGGAGAGUGACCUGUUUCACAGAGAAUGAUGUUCCUUUCAGAUUAAGGCCAGUUUUUGACAAUCAAUUCCUGAUGGAGACUUCCUCUUUCCUAGACUACGAGAAUACAAAAGAAUAUGAAGUAAAACUGUGGGCCUCAGAUGCUGGCAAACCCCCGCUGAAUUACUCUACUUCAGUUAUCAUCAAAGUCAGAGAUGAAAAUGACAAUGCACCCAUCUUCAGCCAGUCCAGCAUAGGGGUUUCUGUCCUAGAGAACAAUGCUCCUGGUGCUCAGCUGACAAAAAUUAGUGCAACCGAUGCAGACACUGGAAAGAAUGGAGAAAUCACCUACCUGAUCGCUGGCGAACCCCCCUCUGCUUUUCGCCUUGAUAAUCGUACAGGCAUUCUGACAGCAGUGGAACAACUCGAUAGAGAAAAGAAAGACAAAUACACCUUCACAGUCACUGCAAGGGACAAUGGGGAACCUCACCUGCAGUCCAAUGCUACAGUGACUGUAACAGUCCUUGAUCAGAAUGACAACAACCCUACUUUCACCCACAGUGAGUACAACUUCUAUGUCCCAGAAAACCUACCCAAGCAUGGCACAGUGGGACUCAUCACUGUAACCGAUCCUGACUCUGGAGAAAAUGGAGCUAUCACUCUCACCGUUCUAAAUAACAAUGGCAGCUUCAUCGUUGAUUCAAAAAAUGGAGUCAUCCGACCCAAUAUGUCUUUUGAUAGAGAGAAACAAGGGUCUUACACUUUCACAGUAAUGGCCACAGAUGGCGGCCGUGUGCCACGAUCUUCAUCGGCCAAGGUCAGCAUAAAUGUUGUUGAUGUUAAUAAUAACAAACCAGUUCUCAUUUCCCCUUCUUCUAACUACACUUUUGAAUUCAUUCCACUGGCUACUGAAAUUGGCACACUUUUGUACGUAGUGAUGGGUAUCGAUGCGAACAGUAGCACGAAUCCCGAAAUCCGUCACCAAAGUGAAGAGAGAAACAAAAAGAAAUCAUUUGAAGCGGAAGGUACAUCAGGGAACAUAACCCUGAAGUCAAGAUUUAUUCCUACAGACCAAAAUUUACACAAGUUAUUGAUCAAAGCUAGGGACUUAGGACAGCCAGACUCUGUGAAUAGCAAAAUACUAUUAAAUCUAUUUGUGAAUGAUAGUACGAACAAUUCUUCUCUCAUUGAUGAACUACUGCGCAAAACUCGAGGAAAACCCGUGACUCAGAAUGUGGAAAAGACUGAUGUUGGGAGCACAUCAAGCAGCGACUACGUCAAGUACAUCAUUGCCAUCAUUUCUGGUUCCAUGACUGCCGUCCUGACCAUUGUGAUUGCUGCUAUUUUACGUUGCCGCCGUUUUCCACGCUUCAGAGCUGCAAGAAAGCAAAAUUCAGAAUGGGUUACUCCAAAUCCAGGCAACAGCGAGACAAUAACCAUUAGCACAAAUGACAACAGUGGCACCAACAAUGUCAUCCUUAACCUUGUCACCUUAGGCGAAUCUAGGACUGACGAUCCAGAUAAUGAAGAAGAGCUCACUACCUCCUUAGAUGUUGUCAUCGAUAUGGAAGAAGAUAGCAUGGAGAGGUACAACUGGGGUACCCGUUCUUCUACUUUUAAGCCCGAUGGUCCUGAUUUGGCCCAACACUACAAAGCUACAUCUCCUCAGCCAGCCUUCCAUAUUGAGCCCGAGACUCCUGUGCAUUCAAAGCACCAUGCCAUCCAGGAACUGCCUGUGGACAACACGUUUGUGAUGGGCUGUGACUCUAUUUCCAAAUGUUCCUCUAGCAGCUCAGAUCCAUACAGCAUUUCUGACUGUAGCUGUCAAGGAACCAUCAAGACUACAGCCACCAUUCACCCCCGACAGGCUGCAGGCGAGCUCGGGAUAACUGACUCUGCUUUAAAAGAUCCAAAUGUGAUCGCUAUCCGGACUUACCCACUGCAUUUGCUACCAGCUACUAGAGCACGCACUCCGCUGAGAGAGCCACCCAUUCAGGAGACAGCUGUGGACAUUUGGACUUCUUCUCAGAGGAAACCAGAGCCCAAAAAACCAGGAAAGGCUCAGCGCCGUGUCACAUUCCACCUUCCAGAAAGCUCCCAGGAGAGCGGCAGCGACAUUGGACCUAUUGAGGUAGAAGCUGGUGCCGCUGUUAUUACCAGGCCUGGCUAUGCCCGUAGAGAGUACUAUGAACACUCAUCUACACAUACACACAGCAACCGUACUGAAGGAGAUGGCAACUCUGACCCUGAAACUGCUUGCAUUAAUGGACUCAGGAGAGCUGCAGAAAUAACUAUCCAGCCAACCCUCGAAGAAGUCUCUGACAACUGUACCCAAGAAUGCCUUACCCUUGGCCAUUCCGACUCCUGCUGGAUGCCGGCUGCAGUGCCCCAGUACCAGCAACCUCCUUCUCCAGAGCCUGCAGUAAUCCGCCACAGUCCUCCUGCUUCAAAUCUGAUCACGACCACAGUGAUGUGCCACAAUCCUCCAGAACCCCAGGCUGCUGCUAUUUGCACCAGUCCCCCCCGGGCACUGAGCCAAGAAAUGGGGCAUGGUGCUAGGUCUGAAGCAAGGGGUGCUCAAGGAAGAGUUGUUGUACAGGAUGACUCUAAUCAGGGACGAAGAUGCAGUCCCAGAGCCCUGUUUUGCACAGCUGAACAUGAUGAUUCAAUCAAAGUCAUUCCUAUGAUGACCUUUACUCCUGGCCAGUCUUCACGGGGCUCUCCCAAUAUUGAAGAGGAUCCCAUGUAGACCCAUCACCUAAGCUAACUUUCAGACUUCAAGAGUGAGUGCAUAUAAUCAAAGCAGCAGAGCGACAUGCAUAUUAAAAACUGUUACACUUGUAUAUAUGUAAAUAGAAACAAAAACUGGACUCAAUUUCAAGAGCUAGAGCUAGAUCCCUAGUUUCACCCUGAAAGAGUUUGACCGAAGUUUGAAUCAAAUAUGGAGAAAUGAAAAUCAAGGAAUAUUUUACAGUAGAAAAGGGGCUCUUGUGACAGAUGAAAUUUGUGUGGUUUCUGCCAUUUCUGAAUGCAUCUGAACAUUUUAUUCAAAUUUCUGCCUUUGUGUGUGAAUUAUACCAACUAAUUCACAUGCUGUUCAAAAUCAACAUAAAUGAUACCACAAAGUGUCUAUUUGCCCUUAAUGCACCACUUGGUGGAUACUCGAAAUUAGAAAUUCACUGCACUGUGCCAAAAGAGGCUACUGGAUUUCCAAGGGGACAUUUUUCUUUUCAGAUUUACCUUCCUAGUUUAAUGUAAGUUAUAUCAAGACUCAUUGCAUCUGUCAUUGUUUAGCCAUUCUUCCAUUACUAAUCAGGUUUUUUGUCUUUCCCAAGUUCAUAUUAGUUAAUGUCCCUGGAAAUUGAACAUAAGAGGACUUAAAACACAAAGAAGUUGAAUAGAUUUGGUGGCUGAUUCAGGGCUGUGGCUGUAAACUACUGUCGCCUAGAGAAUAUUCUGGUGAUUUAAAUGUUAAUUUUACAGCACUAUAGGCACUUAUGGAAAGAUUUUCCAUAAAGGAUUCAGUAUAACUGUAGAUAACCACACACUAAGCCCAUUAGACUAAGGGAUUGUUGUCAUUCUAGCUCAACUUAUUGAAGAAAAUAACUGACAUUAUGUAGAUGAAAAACAGGAAGCAAACAUUGGAGAGACAUAAUUAUAAAUAUACAUCAAAUAUAUUAUUGUACAGAACUUCUAAGUGAUGUGCUGGAGGAGAUUAGGAGUUGCUGACUGCUUCUUGUGGUGGAUAAGAAACACUUCACCAUAAAGAGCCACCAAGAAAUCCCAGACAGGAAUCAAAAGAUUUCCUUCUGUGGCAAAAAGGAAUACACUUGUGUUCCUAAGGAAAUUAUUUCCUUCUGUUGUCUGUUGUUUUGUUUUGUUUUGUUUUCCCCUCUUUUUAACCCAUCAUUAUCUUCUAUGUGUCCAUUUCACCAAGUCACAGAAACUCCACCCAGAAUUGAUUUCUCACAGCAAAACCCAGAUAACUUGUCUAGUUUCAAUGUUACUAUACCAAGAGACAAUCUGUGUUUUAGGGGAGGAAUAACUUUCCCAAACACAAGAAACAAACAAACAAAAAAAAAGAAAUAAAUAAGCAAAGAAAUGAACAAACCAAAAAAAAAGACACAAAAAAAGCGUAACUUUCUUGUGGAUAAAAUUAGACAUAGGCUCCACAAUGUGUAACUUAAAGAUCUAAUUUAUGAGUAAAAUGUGUGUGUAAAAUGUUGUGAUAUAAGCUUCUGGAAAACAAAAAAACAAAAACAAAAACAAACACAAAAACAAAAACAAAAACAAAACAAAAAAAAAAACAACAACAAAUGUUCCAAUUGGUGAGGAUUUAACUGGAUGUUGAGACAUAGUCUCUCUAUGUGCCCAGCAGGUAUAAGUAGCUUUGUAACUGUAUAUUUAAUUUCACUGAUUUCAGCCUAUUGAAAUCAUAUUUGAUUUUAGUUUGUUGAAGAGCUUCACUUUUAAACUCAGAACUUAACAAAAUUGCAAAAUAGAGGAUGGCAGGUGUUUUCUUUUUUUUUCCUUGUUUAUAUUUUUCAGUACUAUUUAGAGAGAUUUGUGGUACACUGGUUUCCAGUCCCAUUCGAAUCCUGAAAAAGCAAUGUGAAUCCUUUGGAAACUGACACACAGUAGCUGUAACUUAACAUUCUUUAGAGACAACCGAAUGGCCACUUGGACUGAGAGAUAGAUUAGGACUACCUAUAGUUAUUAACAUCCAUUUCUUUAAUGAACAAUAGAUAAAGGAGACAAAGCAAAGUCAUUUCGCAGGAAUUUAUGAGUUUGGGUUAAAUGUUUGGAAGCUUAUUCGAAUCUCAUCGUGAAUAUGUCAUGAAUCCGUAUCAUGCAUAUUUGUAAAGACCAAAAGAAUGCAAAUCUAGAACUACAAAAUUCCCAUGGCAUUUCCAAAUUUUUUAUCGCAAAAUGUCCAAUGGAUAGAUACUGCCAAAUUUUCAAUGACCCCAUCAUGACAAGUAUUUUCCCCUCUAAGCUUAGAAAAUAUAACAAAUUUAAUCUGUUAGCCAGAGGUACAAAUCUAACUUGGGGUAUUAUGACUUUUAAGGGAUGUUGAGAACUUAGCACUCAGAGAACCAUGAAAAUAAUUUAAAUGAUGGAAAAACUGAGACCUAACAGAACACUGAAAAGAACUAGGACUAAAAGAAAAUUAUGAAAUAACAUAUCAGAUAUGGAUAAUUGCCCCACAUCACCAAAGAAGAGAAUAAAGAAGUGAUCUUUACCUUAAGCAGGUGUUUGUCAUAUAUAUACAUAUAUACAUACAUAUAUAUAUAUAUGCACAUAUAUGUGAAACCUGACGAUGUAGGAUUAUUUCAUGUGCAAUCAAGAGAAGCUAUUUAAUCUCCAUCCCUGAAUCUUUAAAAAUUUGGAUACUCACCCCUCUAGAGGUAUAGGGAUGGGUUACAUGAACUCUGAAGAUCAUUGACAGUUCUCAGAUCCUAUGAAUGGAUUUAGGGGUUAGAGAAAGGGUACAUUUUGGGUUGGUUUAGACAGGUUCUGACCUGUUAUUUCAUUGGUGGGCUAACUCCCUAAUGCAGAUCCACAACUCGUCUAUAACAGAUUUGCAGUUGUCUGGAGCACUGAGAAGCUGAUUUGCCCAGAGUCAUAGCCGGUACGAGUCAGUUGCAGGACUUGACCCGGAGUUCUCCUGACUGCAGAACUGGCCCCCCCUGUACUCUAGUUCCCACUGCCUGUCUAGAUUAGUGUGUGUGUCAAUAACUAGACACCCCAACCUUGUUAUUGGAACAGGGUAUGUUGAAGCUGGAGGCAGACUUGUGAGUCCAGGUAUUCCACCCAAUGCAUUCUUGGACCAGGAUUCUAUUCCAUCGGGCAUUUUUGACUUACAUAUUUCAGGACUUCAUUGCCAGUGAGAACUUUCUAAUACCAUCAAUUGUUUCUUGAAACCAAUAGAAGCACAGAUCAGGAAAGCCAUCCAUGGGGAUAUUAUCAAUGUGAGAGUAAUUUAACCCUGGCUCUCACUUUACCAAUAAAUAAAAUGGUUCCCACUUUAGGAGGGAGAACUAUUUAUUAAAAAAUAAAACACUAAAUAUUGAUAUAUCUUUAAAUUUUAUAUUCAAAUUGACCCACCCACCAAAAGAAUCAAACAUGAUAGGUCUUUCUAGAAUAAGUUAUUCCCAAUGUUUGACAACAUUCAUCUGAAAUAAAUUUAAUAAUAAAUUACUUUAUUCCUCCAGUAAUACACAGCCAAUAGGGAACAUUCCUAAGACUGUGCCUAUCCAUUAGACAUCUUAUACCAAGAAUGUACACAUCCUUGAAACAUUUUUUUUUGCAAUUUCAGCAAAUGCUGUGUCAGUGUCUUAAGAACUAAUACCAGUAGACUUCUACAUGAUGUAUAACUAUUAUCUAAGAUCUAGAAGCAAUUUAGUCAGUGCACAAAGUGUACAUUUUUGUGUAUUCUUAUUUAGUCACUUGACAUUUUACUUUUAAUUAUGUGAAUUUGUGGAGCUAAAAACAAUUGUAUCUAUGUUAUAAUGGUAGCUAAUUGAUUAACUUUGUUAUUGUGUAUAGUGGUAACAAUUAAAAGAGAAAACCUUGCCUUCAUAAACAAACAUUUGCCACACUAUAUUUAAAAUGGUAAAAGAGAUGCAAAAUCCACCAAUUUCUGUUUCUAAAUUAUUCUUAAAAAGGAAAACUAUCCUGCCUUACAUUUGAAGAAAUUGAUUGGUUUCAACUCAUGCAGAUUUUAACCUAAGUUGUUUUCAUUAAGUUAAGGGUGCAUACAUGUUUAUUUAGGUGUAUAUGCACAUAUACCAUACUGCUCAUAUUUUUUCUUUAAAUUUAUUCAAGCUUAACCAAACUUUUACUUUCAAGUAAAGAUGUUAUUUUGUAACUUUUUUCUACUUUUUUCUUGCAUAAGAAAAAUUUUUUAACAUUUUUCAUCAGGAUGGUUCUAAGCCCAACACUAAUUCUUUUUAGACAAAAAUAUAUUUCAAUUUCAGGCUAGCACAAGUGGUUCAGAAAACAUGAAAGCAAGAGCAGUUCAAAACCUGGGCGGGAAUGUUAAUUACAUUAUGUGCCAAUGACUACAUCGGAGGAUUUUGGUAUGACAGUAUCAAAAGGGGUUUCUCAUUUACAAUAGUUUUUUGUAUGCUAACCAUCAAUUGAUUCAUAGUAAGUAUAAAAUUAAAACAAAAUCUGACAACCAACAUUUGCCAGCACAAACAGUAUCAGUUAAAUAUGUGUGUGCAAAAAUACAUGUUAAAACAAUGAUUUGAAGGCAAAGAAUUUACAUGGUAACUUACAAAAAUGUUGUGUGUGAAUUAUGUUAUAUCUAAAUAUAUUUGGAAAACUUUAAAAUAUAUAUAUUUAUGUUUGUAUUUUGGGCAAAUUAUUUGUGAUAUCUUACAGGAUCUGAAAGCGAACAGUUUGUGUAUUUAAGCAGCUCUAACCACACGUUGGAAGUAAGCAAGAUGGAUACUGUAUGGCCUACGCUAGCAGUGUAAAGUCCCGAAGUAACUCUGUAGUAGUAGUUCUAUUUCAGGUUCUGUAUAGCAUGAUGUCUUAUAAUUAAUAUGAUUAUUAAUAAACUCAUUCCAUAAA